AUUUGUUAUUGUGAUAUUAACUAUUACUUGCAACGCAUAAAUGUAGAAAUUGAAAUAAUAAAAUUGUAAUAAAAAUUGUAUGUAAUAAUAAAAUUCUCUCUAACGAAAUAAAAAAGCUUGUGGAAUAAUUAUAUAAUAUAUGGUACAUGGAAUAACUUUCUGAAAUAAAGUAACGACAGGAAGAAAGCUGAUACCACUCCUGAAGGGUAUAAUGCGCGACAAUAUUCCAUGCGUGGCAACUAUAUAAAAAAGGUGAAACUCGUGGAAAGAACCACUUUUCUUCGUGACUUUGCUUCUUCUCCAAAAACUAUUAUUAUAUUAUAUUAUAUUAUCUAAUUAGAGAUUCGUUAUCAUCAUGUCGCAAUUCAUUUGUGCUUUGUUAACGUACAGCGUUAUUUGUUGUUCAUUAGCGAAAAGUAAUGAAUUUGUCACGAGUUCCGAAUUCGUUAAAAAACAAUCCGAAAAUAAGUCAUUAGCGAAUAUCGUGCGUAAUAAAAAUUCUUCCAAAUCGUACCUGAAUAGCAUAGUGUCUGGUAACGAGAAAUUUGAUCGUUUGGAUAAACAAUCACGGGCUUCGGAUCAACGAUCGGAAUCGAAAGGUUCUAGUUGUUGCGGAUCCAAAUACGGUUCUAAUUCAUCGAUGCGACCCGAUUCGUACUACAGUAGAAUCCCUGUGGAAAACAAUCGAUAUCCGAUUAAAUUCGACGAACGUUUACCAAUCGACAGAAUAUCCAGAUACGGUUGGCAAACUCAAGGAUCAUCAGCAGGAAGCACGAAAAGACCCGGAAGUGUAUUUUACGAAGGAAGUAUAAUAGGAGACAGUAUUAGAUUUGGUUCACGGCCGAAUUACGGAAGCGAAAGUUCACGAAAACCCAAUGGUUACGAUUCCAGCGUAUCUGGAGAAUAUGGUUAUGUUAACAACGGUUACGGAGGAUAUAGCUUUAACCGGCCAACGAAUUAUGGAGGAUCAGGUAGUAGUUACGGUAUUUCAGGAACUUUUGCAAAUGGCGAAGAAUUCGGACCUGUGGAGCCAAAUCAUCCAGAAGGACAUGCUCCCUCACAUCCGAAUAUUCAAGCGCAAAAGGCUGUAGCUUUAAAAGCAUUGGCAGGUGUUGCAUUAAUUGGUGCAGCCGCUGCUUUAGCAACGAAUCCCGUUCUUCUUCCGCUUGGAGUUGUAUCGGGAAGGAGGAAACGAUCGAGUGUCAAAGACAAAGAUGCUUAUAUGAAUUAUAUUUUAGCAAACCUAAAAAGUAAUAUUACCAAGAAGGAAAAUGGAAACGAAACAUCUUUGACACCACCAUGUAUUGCUAGAUUUACGUGUGAAAUUCAAUGGAAUUAUUGGUUUAAUCAUAGAAAAGAUGUUGAUUUUUUUAUCGGAAAAUUAGCAUUGGAACGUCAACUUAACAAUUUAUUGUUAAAUAACAUAUCUAAAGAACUUGAAAAUGUUCGUAUUAAAAAAUUAUUGAAAACAGCAACUAUAAUUGGUUCGAAUGGAGGUAAUUGUAACAUUCUAACGUGUACACUUAUAAAAAAUAAAAAAGCUAAAAAUUUAUCAAUUUUUAAAUUUUAGAAUUUAUAGAAAAAAUUGUAUUUUGAUAUUAAUUAAAAUAUUUAAAACAAUAAAAAAAUCAUCAUGAAA